UUUUGUCUUGAGAGUCCAGGGAACCCAUGAGUGACCAGAGUCCAGUUGAUCCUAGAAGGAGAACAUCAGUUACCCCAUCCAGGCCCUACCAUGUGCAGACUAGAGCCAUUUCUGAAGAGGUCCCUGGUGGUCCUCCUUUUCCUGGGCCUGGCAGAGGCCUGCAUUCCUCGUGAAGUUGUAACGGAAGAGAAAAUCAAAUUGCUGAAAGGAAUCUUGGGGUUAAUGGGCAGACUGUCCCCGGAUGGUUUCAGACAAAACAUCAAAUCCUCCUCCUCCUCCUCCUCCUCGAGGCCUCCCCUGGUAACCACUCCAGACAAGUCAGAAGAAGAAAUAAAAAUACUGAAACGGAUCCUUGGUCUACUGAGCCUCCAGGUGCUGAAUGAAGAAACAAGUAACUGCAAAGAAGAAGUGAAGCCCCCUCCAGCCACCACCACAGCCAGGGGACUUGUGAGGAGCAGUGGAUGGAACUUUCUGAGGUGUGCCUACAUGGUGAUGACGUUCCUCUUUGUGUCCUACAACAAAGGAGACUGGUGUUACUGCCACUAUUGUAACCCGGACCUGGAUUUGAGAGACGACCCCUGCUGUUCUUUCUAGUGAAGCUGAAGCCACUACAUUUCACUCAGCCCUCGCAAGCCCUCUUGUCUCUGGAGCAUUUCACCUCCUAAGAAAGCUCUUCAGCCUCUGGCCUGUCAACUAGGAAAGCUAAUAAGUGUGCCCAGAGGCAGGAAGCCUGUCUGAGGACCGUGCAGUGUGACAAUAGCCACUAGAGCAGCUGAGUGAGCCUUUGCAGGGGUUCCCCAACACCUUCUCUUCUGGGCCAUUUUCAACCCUUCUUUGUUGUAUACUAAUGAAUAGCUAAAUGUUUGUUUCUUACACUCACAAAGCAGCAAAUAACACAGGGUGGAGGGGUGCUAGGAAUCAUCUAUGAUUUUCAAAUAAAAAAAGACUUGUUACAUUUUGAUU